UAGUUAGUUUUUUUCCAGAGCCGUGUUUCGCGUACUCGAAUCGAAGACGGAUCUUGACUUCGUCGACUUCAUCGUUCGCAAUAGUUCGCCUCGCAUCUGAGACCUCCGCAGGUGCAACAUGUCGCUGCUGCCGUUGUUGCUGUUGCUGUGCCAGGCCUGCUGGGGAUUCACCGGGCGUGGUGUCUUUCAUUCCGACAGGACCGACCUGUUCGAGCUAUCCGUGAUCCACUGGAAUGAUUUUCACGCGAGGUUCGAGCAGACAGGUCCGACCUCUGGAACCUGCAAGGAGGAGAGGCAGCAGGACUGCGUGGGAGGAAUCGCGAGGAUCUACACGGCGGUCAAUCGGCUCAUGAACGAACGGCCGAACCCGAUUUUCCUCAACGCCGGCGAUAACUUUCAGGGCACCCUCUGGUACAAUAUUCACCGUUGGAACGUCACUGCUUUGUUCAUGAACAAGCUGCCGCACGACGCCAUGACUCUCGGGAAUCACGAGUUCGAUCAUAAGAUCAAAGGUGUCGUUCCUUUCCUUCAGCAUGUCAAAGCGCCGAUUGUAGUAACGAACAUUGACGCGAGCGAGGAGCCGAGCAUGCAGAAUUUGUUCGAGAAUAGCACAAUCAUCGUACGUAACGGCAAGAAGAUCGGCAUCAUCGGCGUCAUCCUGUCGACUACGAACAUGAUCGCCAGCACGGAGAAACUCAAGUUCCUGGACGAGGUGGAGACGGUGAACGCCGAAGCGCAGCGGCUGAAAGAGAAAGGCAUAGACAUUAUCAUAGUUUUGAGCCACUGCGGACUGGACGUGGACAGAGUCAUGGCCGCGAGGUGUCCUCUGAUCGACGUGAUCGUCGGUGGUCAUUCGCACACGUUUCUCUACACAGGUACACCGCCUUUUAUUGACAGACCGGCGGACGAGUACCCCGUGGUCGUGACGCAGAAAGAGACGGAGAGAACGGUCCUCAUUGUUCAAGCAGCUGCUUAUACAAAGUACUUGGGCAAUCUAACGGUGUGGUUCGAUGAGCUAGGUGAGGUCGCCGACUGGGAGGGCAACCCGAUCCUCUUGGACUAUUCCGUCGAGCAAGAUCCGGACAUUUUGGAAGCGCUGCAGCCGUGGAAGGAGGUGGUGGACGCGGAGGCUUCGAGGAAAGUCGGCAGCACGAGGGUUGAGCUGAAUAAUCAGUGUUACCGCGAGGAAUGCAACCUGGGGAAUUUCAUAGCGGACGCGAUGGUCGAUGCGUACGUGGAAGCUAUCGACGACGAAAGAUAUUGGACGUACGCAGCGGUGUCCUGCUCGAAUGCAGGUGGAAUUCGCAGCGGUAUCGAGCCGUCUGAUAUCACCUUCGGUGAUCUGAUGACGGUCUAUCCUUUCGAGAACACGUGGGAUACUCUCGAGUUGACCGGAGAAACUAUCAAGAAGAUCCUGGCAGCGGGAGGAAAUGGUCUAAUCUGGUCCGGCUUGAAAAUCACUUACAAGAUGGACGGUGAAGGGCGAAGCGUGGAAGACGUGAAAAUCAGGUGCCAGGCUUGCGAAUACCCGGUAUUCGGGGAUGUGGUGGACAAUGUGUGGUACCGACUGGUAGUGCCGUCUUAUUUGGCCAAUGGCGGAGAUAAAUAUAUCCUUUUCAAAAAUAGCAGUCGCAAUCAUCAAGUCGGAUCGCUCGAUAUAGAGCUGCUAAUAAAAUACGUGACGAAGAUGAGUCCCAUAAUCGCAGGAAUCGACCGACGACUGACCUUCGUGGAGUCCAAAUCCUAAAAAUUGUCUUUGAAUUUUUGGAUUAAUUUUCGUGUACUGGUAAAACUGCAUUUAGAAGGAGAGAGAGAGAGAGAGAGAGAGAGAGAGAGAGAGAGAGAGAGAGGAAGAGAGAGAAAAAGAGAGAGAGAGAGAGAGGAAAACACGGUCUAUUUAACUCAGAAUUUAGAAGACACCAUCGCAUUAUAUAUCCGCUCUCUCUCUCUGACUUAA